AUGAAGUUAAACCCCACAAAAUGUGUCUUCGGGGUAUCCUCCGGACAGUUCUUGGGAUACAUCGUCAGUCAGAGGGGCAUCGAGGCGAACCUAACUCAGAUUGCGUCCCUCUCAGAAAUUAAGGAACCCCGAACCAUCCGAGACAUACAGGCUCUAGCCGGCAAGAUAGUAGCAUUAAGUCGAUUCAUAUCACGAAUGUCAGACCGCUGCCAACCCUUCUUGCAGUGCAUAAAGAAGUCCACCAACACCACCUGGGGACCAGAACAGCAAAAAGCAUUGGACGAGUUGAAGACUUAUUUGAGCUCUCCUCCUAUAUUGAGCUCACCUAUUGCUAAUGAAGAUUUAUUCUUAUAUUUGUCUGUCUCACAAUUCGCUGUAAGUUCCGUUCUUUUUCGAGAAGAAGCCAAUCGUCAGAGGCCAGUGUUCUACUGCAGCAAGAUGUUGUUAGAUGCUGAAACCCGAUACAGUAUGAUGGAAAAAUUGGCACUCGCACUCCUCACGGCCAAAAAGAAGUUACGACAAUACUUUGAAAGCCACACAAUCAUCGUAUAUACGGACUAUCCAUUAAAGCAGGCCAUUGAGCUUGGGACAUACGAUAUUCAGUUUUUGCCGCGAAAAGCUAAAAAGGGGCAGGUACUCGCUAACUUCCUGGUUGAAAUUCAGUCGUUCACUCCUGACGCCCUGCCAGAAUUACUAGAAUCAGAAAAUCAAUGGUUGUGGACAAUGCACACUGACGGAGCAUCCAAUUCCCAAGGGGCUGGUAUUGGCGUCGUAUUAGAAGCUCCCUCGGGCCUCAAAAUCGAAGAAGCCAUUCGUUUAGAGCAACCCACGACGAAUAAUGAAGCAGAAUAUGAGGCACUAAUCUAUGGUUUGGAACUCGCACGUGAAAUGGGAAUCCAGCGUCUAAACGUUAGAGGCGACUCGCAGCUUAUGAUAGAGCAAGUGGCUGGGAAUUUCGAUACCAAAGCACCCCAUCUGGCUAGCCUCCUACAGAAGGCAACUGUUUUACGAUCGCAUUUUCGCCAGUUCGACCUCACACAAGUACCUCGGGAGCAAAAUCAGAAGGCCGAUGCCCUUGCCAAAUUAGCUUCUGCGGGAGCGUGCACACGCCAAUCUUCCAUAUCUUUAAGCCGAUCAAGCAAAGAUAUGGAAGUCUGUUCCACCUCAUCCGAACCUGAAUGCUGGAUAGAUCCGAUCAUCAAGUACUUGACCACCUCCGAGCUCCCACCUAAUCCGAAAGAUGCAAAACUUCUGCGCCUUCGGGCACAACGCUAUUCCAUGAUCCAUGGCACGUUGUACCGAAAAUCCUUCAAUGGCCCAUAUCUGCGAUGUUUGCGCCCAUCAGAAGCUAAAAAAUUGCUAGAAGAAAUACAUGAGGGGGCAUGCGGAAAUCACACAGGGGGACGAAGCUUGGCACACAAAGCGCUUACAGCAGGAUAUUACUGGCCGUACAUGAUGACAGAGGCACGAGAUUAUGCUAAGAAAUGUGACAAAUGCCAACGAUUUGCACCCACCAUCCAUCAACCUGCUCAAACCCUACACUCCAUUGUUGCACCUUGGCCUUUUGCAAAAUGGGGAAUGGAUGUAGUAGGUGAACUUCCUAAGGCCGUUGGUGGAAAACGAUAUGCUUUUGUAGCCACUGAUUACUUCACAAAAUGGGUUGUGGCAGAGGCGUACGUCACGGUCAGCAAAACAGACACUAUGUCCUUCAUCUGGAAGCAUAUUAUAUGUCAAUUUGGAAUACCCUGGGAGAUAGUCGUCGACAACGGCACUCCGUUCCAAAAUGCAAAGGUACAAGAACUAUGCGACACGUACAAGAUCAAGCUAAGCUUCGCCUCUGUUACUUACCCACAGGGUAAUGGUCAAGCAGAGGCUUCCAACAAAGUCAUCUUUGCCAACAUUAAGAAGAAUUUGGAAGACAAAAAAGGAGCAUGGGUAGAAGAAUUACCGAAAGUGUUAUGGGCUUAUAGAACAACAAAAAGAUCCUCCACGGGGGAGUCUCCCUUCGCCAUGGUUUAUGGAACAGAAGCUAUCAUCCCAACUGAAGUCGGUCAGCCUACACUUCGGACAGAGAUUGCAUCUGAUCCAACAACGAACACCAUUCAAUUACUGCACAACCUAGACCUUCUAGAAGAAACACGUACAAUGGCCCAAAUGAGACUGGAAAAUUAUCAGAAGGUAGCAGAACGCUACUACAACAAAAGGGUCCAAUUACGCACAUUUCAAGAAGGAGAUUGGGUUCUGCGUAAGCAAGGUUCGCACCCUGCACGUUGGAACCAGACUGAAUCUCAACAGUUCAUGGCAACAAGGCCACUACGCACAGCAUAUGUACAAGAUCCUACCGCUUCUGCGUGCACGCUUCACUGGAUUUUGUACCGCAUUCUAAUCUGA